UAUAUGGUCCUUCAUACUCACCUCUCAACAUAUGUAUUGAAAACCCAGCCAAAAAUUGAUAAUUUCUGGCUGGGUUUUUUUCAAAUUCCCCAAUUCACAGAAAAAACCCCUUGGUUUAAGCAGUGAAAAUACAAUUUUAUUGGAAUUAAAAGAUGGGGUGUUGUAAUAGCAAAAAUGGCGAAUCUUCAGCUACUCGUCUUGCUCGAUGGCGUUCAACUGGCAUUGUUGCUCUACGUGACUCCAAAUUGAAGGCGUUUCCUAAUGAAGUUCUUGACUUGGAGAAAUCUGUUAGAACUCUCGAUUUAACGCAUAAUCGGCUAGUUGAAAUUCCAACAGAGAUCAACAAGUUGAUAAAUAUGCAAAGACUGAUUUUGGCUGAUAAUCUUAUAGAGCGCCUCCCGAUGAACUUGGGAAAACAUCAGUCACUAAAAGUUAUGAUGAUGGAUGCAAAUCGCCUCACUACCUUGCCUGAUGAAUUGGGCCAGUUGGUGAGACUUGAGCAACUGUCUAUCUCUGGAAAUCUGUUGACAAGCUUGCCUGAAACUUUAGGAAGUUUGCGCAAUUUGGUUCUUUUAAAUGUGUCCAACAAUAAGUUGAGUUCUCUUCCAGAAUCAGUUGGAAGUUGCUAUUCCUUGGAAGAACUACAAGCAAAUGAAAAUCAAAUUGAUGAAAUUCCUGCUUCAGUUUGCAAUUUGGUUAACUUAAAGUCACUAUGCUUGAACAGUAAUAAUGUGCAAAAGAUUCCUACUAAUUUAUUGAAAGCCUGCAGAAGUCUUCAGAAUAUAUCCCUGCAUAGCAAUCCUAUAUCUAUGGAACAAUUCCAGCAGAUGGAAGGAUUCCAAGACUUUGAAGCUCGGAGGAAAAGAAAAUUUGACAAACAAAUAGAUUCAAAUGUGAUGAUCAGUUCGAAAGGACUUGAUGAGGGUGUUGAUCUAUGAUAUUUUGAUGUUACACUCUCAAUUUGUCUUUCAAGAAAAUUUCAUCUUACUUUUAUCCAGUCCGCUUUGAAGAUUCUUGGCAUGCAUCAGCAGUAUAUUGAAAUGCAAUAGAAUAUCACCAAUGGAGCUCUGUCUUCCAUAGUUUGAAUGGUGGCUUUUCUAUGAGCCGUUUUUACACUAAAUUGCUAAUAUGAGACAUAUAUUUGGGCUUCAAUCUCGUAAAGUGUUGUCAAAUUGUCAGUUCAUUGUAAAUUACAUUUGCUAUGUACCUAGAAUUCAAUAUACCUAUCAAAUUCAAAUACAAUUUUUUUAUCAAA